AUGGCCCCUCAGGACACCAUCUUCCUGUGUCUCGUGUUUUGUCUGGGUCAGAGGAUUCAGGCACAAGAAGAAUUUCCCAUUCCUGCUAUAUCUGCCUCCCCAAGUUCUGUGAUCCCCUGGAAUGGGUCGGUGAGGAUUCUGUGCCGUGGAACACCCGAGUCCUUCCAGUAUCAGCUGUUUACCAUAGAAAACUCCACCUUCAAGGUAGUGCAGACACAAAUGGGAUUUCAGAAGGCAGCUGAAUUCAUCAUCAACCACAUGAACACAACCACAGCCGGGUGUUACCAGUGCCGAUACAGGAAGAAGUACAGCUGGUCAGAGCAGAGCCAAACCCUGGAGCUGGUAGUGACAGGCUUACAUGACAAACCUGUCCUGUCCACAGACCAGAGCCUUGUGUUGAUGCCAGGAGAGAGCAUUUCUUUCCGGUGUCAUUCUGCACACGUCCCAUUUGAUAGAUUUUCACUGGCCAAGGAAGGAGAAGCCUUGCUGCCACAGCACCAGCAUGGGGAGCAUCACAGCAAGUUCACCCUGGGUCCUGUGACCCCUGACUCCACAGGGAACUACAGUUGCUAUGGUUGGAACAGCAGCAGCCCCUACGUGUGGUCAGCCCCCAGCGACGCCCUGGAACUCCUGGUGGCUGCAACAGACAUGGAUUCCAAGAAGCAAGGUUACAGAAUGGAGAACUCCAUCCGGAUGGCCAUGGCAGGACUGAUCCUUGUGGUUCUCCUGGUGAUACUAGCUGAAAACUGGCACAGUCAGGAGGCAUCACACCAUGAAGACUGGCACAACUUGGAUGCACAGAGCCAGAACAAACAGGAGCAUCCAACCUAG